AUGGCAGCAGCCGUAGCGAUGCGGAGCGGGAGCAGCGAUGGUGGCGGCGGGUACGAGAAGGGCGGGAUGGACACAGGCAAGUAUGUGCGGUACACGCCGGAGCAGGUGGAGGCGCUGGAGCGGGUGUACGCUGAGUGCCCCAAGCCCAGCUCCGCGCGCAGGCAGCAGCUGCUACGCGAGUGCCCCAUCCUCUCAAACAUCGAGCCCAAGCAGAUUAAAGUCUGGUUCCAGAACCGGAGGUGCCGUGAUAAGCAGCGGAAGGAGUCUUCGAGGCUCCAAGCCGUGAACAGAAAAUUGACCGCAAUGAACAAGCUUCUCAUGGAGGAGAAUGAGCGAUUGCAGAAGCAGGUUUCCCAGCUGGUUCACGAGAAUGCGUACAUGAAGCAGCAGCUGCAGAAUCCGUCAUUAGCAAAUGAUGCCAGCUGUGAUUCAAAUGUGACCGCUCCUGCAAACCUAAGGGAUGCGAGUAACCCAUCAGGGCUCCUUUCAAUUGCAGAGGAGACCUUGACAGAGUUCCUCUCAAAGGCUACAGGGACUGCUAUUGAUUGGGUCCAGAUGCCUGGGAUGAAGCCUGGUCCGGAUUCUUUUGGUAUUGUGACCAUUUCACAUGGUGGCCGUGGUGUUGCUGCCCGUGCCUGUGGUCUGGUGAACCUAGAACCAACAAAGAUUGUGGAAAUCUUGAAAGACCGCCCAUCUUGGUUCCGUGAUUGUCGGAGUCUUGAAGUCUUUACAAUGUUACCAGCUGGAAAUGGUGGGACCAUUGAACUUGUUUACAUGCAGAUGUAUGCUCCUACUACUUUAGUUCCUGCACGGGACUUUUGGACACUGAGGUACACAACCACUAUGGAGGAUGGCAGUCUUGUGGUUUGUGAGAGAUCUUUAAGUGGUUCUGGAGAUGGUCAAAGCGCUGCCACAGCACAACAAUUUGUAAGAGCCGAGAUGCUUCCUAGUGGCUAUUUAGUUCGCCAAUGUGAGGCAGGGAGCUCGAUUGUGCGAAUAGUGGACCAUCUGGACCUUGAUGCUUGGAGUGUUCCUGAAGUUCUUCGCCCCCUCUAUGAGUCGUCUCGGGUAGUUGCUCAGAAGAUGACAACCGCAGCGCUACGGCACCUCAGACAAAUUGCUCAAGAAACAAGUGGAGAGGUUGUAUAUGCGAUGGGGAGGCAACCAGCUGUUCUACGAACAUUCAGUCAGAGGCUGAGUAGAGGCUUUAAUGAUGCUAUAAGUGGUUUCAAUGAUGAUGGUUGGUCCAUUAUGGCUGGAGAUGGCAUAGAAGAUGUUAUCAUUGCUUGCAACUCAAAGAAGAUUAGGAGCGGUAGCAAUCCUGCAACUGCUUUUGGAGCCCCUGGAGGUAUCAUCUGUGCUAAAGCAUCCAUGUUGCUGCAGAGUGUUCCACCAGCAGUCCUUGUUAGGUUCCUGAGGGAACAUCGGUCUGAGUGGGCAGAUUAUAACUUCGAUGCAUAUUCAGCUUCAGCGCUGAAAACAAGCCCUUGUUCCCUUCCUGGGUUGCGGCCUAUGAGAUUUUCUGGGAGCCAGAUCAUCAUGCCCCUUGCUCACACAGUGGAGAAUGAGGAGAUCUUAGAAGUUGUUCGGCUUGAAGGACAGACUCUUACACAUGACGAGGGCCUUUUAUCAAGAGAUAUCCAUCUGCUUCAGCUUUGCACUGGAAUAGACGAGAAAUCAAUGGGAUCCUGCUUCCAGCUUGUCUUUGCACCAAUCGACGAGCUUUUCCCUGAUGACGCUCCAUUGAUUUCUUCAGGCUUCCGUGUUAUCCCGUUGGACAUAAAAACAGAUGGACUAUCCUCUGGAAGAACGUUAGAUUUGGCCUCUAGCCUUGAAGUUGGUGCAACCACACAACAAGCAUCAGCGGAUGGAUCUCAGGAUGUUUGCAACCUGCGAUCUGUGCUGACAAUCGCCUUUCAAUUUCCCUAUGAAAUACAUCUCCAAGAUACCGUUGCAGCUAUGGCCCGUCAAUAUGUUCGAAGCAUCGUCUCUGCUGUUCAAAGAGUAUCAAUGGCUAUUUCUCCCUUCCAGUCUGGCUUGAAUACUGGGCAGAAGAUAAUUUCUGGCUUCCCUGAAGCUGCAACACUUGUUCGCUGGAUUUGCCAGAGCUACCGGUAUCACUUGGGGGUGGAUUUGGUUAGCCACUCGGAUCAAGCUGGGGAAUCACUAUUGAGAAUGUUCUGGGAUCAUCAGGACGCAGUCUUGUGCUGCUCUUUCAAGGAAAAGCCUGUGUUUACUUUUGGCAACCAGAUGGGAAUUGACAUGUUAGAAACAACUCUAAUUGCUCUACAAGAUCUCACCCUGGACAAGAUCUUUGACGAGCCUGGUAGAAAGGCAUUACACGCGGAGGUUCCGAAACUGAUGGAACAGGGCUAUGCGUACCUGCCGGCUGGGGUGUGCUUGUCUGGGAUGGGCCGCCACGUCUCCUAUGAGCAAGCUGUUGCGUGGAAAGUUCUCGGGCAGCAGGCACAUGUAGCCGUAGGCGACGGAGAUGCAGUACAUGGACUGCUCUGUGGUGCCUGGCAUAUAGCAAGACUGCACGAUGCAGAGACCAACACCAACGCCGGACAAAAAAGUCAGCAGCGGCAGCGCACAGGCACACAGCCACACCGAGGCAGGCUACAGGCGCGCAGGCCACCGGGCGCAGUUGCGGGCUUGCGGCUACCUGCCUACCGGCUGGCGUCGGGGCCGGGCACGGCCGCGCAGGGCCGCCCGGCCGGGAGCGGGAGCCGCCGAGCCACGGAGGGCCGAAGCCAGGAGCGCUGGGCCGUCGCGGACGCGAGCGGCGCCACUGCCGCUGCUAUCUAUCGCCUAUCAAGUCCAUUCGGAGUGGGGAGCGGCUACCACGGACCAGUCCCAAGGCCCACGACUCCACCAAGGCACUACCAGCCCGCAGAAACACUCGACCUCUCCUCUCGAUGGCCAAUGCAGACGGACCAGUACCAAGGCCCACGACUCCACCAAGGCACCAGCAGCCCGCAGAAACUCCGCUCGACCAUCGGCUUCAACCUCGGCCUUGCAGUCACCGCGUCUGCCCUCUGCCGGUUGCGCUAG